CCGCCUCCGCAUUCCAAUGUGAGGCGGCGAAGCCGGGCGCCGGGCGAGGAUGGCAAGCUCCGCUCUUUCCUUUCCCAGGUGGGUAAUUUCUUCUCCCAGCCUCACCAGAGAAGGCUGCAAGAAGCACCAUGGAUUAUUCUAAUCCCUGCUCUGUGUCUCCUAUAUUCUCACCCUGCCUCUGCCGCUCCUUGGGCCUCUGCCCCCAUUGCCAAUGUUGCCCGAGGGCGUCUUCUUUCCUGGCGUAGAAUCAGUGCCAGCUGUGGGGUAAGAGCAAGGAUCAGGCCUAGGCAAGAAGGAGGAGCAUUUACCUCCCAAAAUAAUACGGCAAUUUAAGCUGAACAGAUGGCAGGGCAGGGAAAGGAGAGGGAUGAUGGCCAGCUGGAGAAUACCACGAUUCGCAUUCAGAUCUCCUACACAAUAGAACUGCCGUCGUAUGAUUUUUGAGAAAUGAUACACCCCAAUGGAAUUGCAUCAUAAACAAAGCACAGCUGGGAAGACAUGUGUGCACUGGAAUUACACCAAGGCCUCCCUCCAGGCGCCGCCGCUGGACUUCUCCUUCCGAGGCAUCAGCUUCAUGCAAGACCUGCUGACGGAGGAGCCCCGUCCUGGGCUCAGGCCCAUCCGGCGCUUGGAGGGGGGCCGCCUGCUGACCCAGGCCGUUCGGCUAAACAACAACACCCUGAAUGACCUGACAGAUUUCCCAGACAUCAUGGAGAAGCUGCUGGAAUAUCCCCUGGACAUCUACUGGAUUGACCUCUCCUUCAAUGACCUGCCCAGCAUCGACCCGGUGCUGACCACCUACUACAACCUCCGGAAUUUGAACCUUCACGGCAACAGCAUCCAGCAUCUCUCUGAAGUGGACAAGCUGGCUGUGUUGCCUCACCUGCGCAACCUGACCCUGCACGGAAAUCCCAUUGAAGAGGAAAAGGGCUACAGGAGCUACGUCCUGUCCACUUUGCCCCAGCUGAAGUCCUUCGAUUUCAGCGGUGUCACCAAACUGGACCGCAGCACCGCAGCCGUCUGGAGGCGCAUGAACAUCAAGCCGAAGGUGAUCCGGAAGAAACGGGAACGCUACUGAUGGACAACCGCCUUCCUGAGGAAUAAAGCUUUAGAGUAGCUUCA